AUGUCUAGCCCAGCGAAGAAACGCAAGCUGAAUAGUGCACAGCCUUCGCGGGGUCUGGAAUACUUCUUUUCGAAGCAAAAGCAGAAGGAUGGCGGCGGUCUCAAAUCGGAGAAGGGCCCCGAGCCUAGCAGUGUUGCGCUCGAGGACCGCGGAAUGACGGAUGAGGAGCUAGCCCGGAAACUCCAGGCUGAGUGGGACAGGGAGGCAGAAAUAGCCGGGCGCGACUCCAUAUCUCUGACAUCUAAGCCUAUAGUCACCGAUACGCACGACUCCGAGAACAGCCGGGGGGCUGUUGGCAUCCAGAAACAGGCACUACCCCCUCUUAUGGCAGCUCAAACGGAACCGGCUAGUAAGGGCAAAAACACGCUGUCUUUACAAUCUGUGGCAACCUCCGCGGACGGAGUAUCAGACUCCGUACCGUUUGAUGAGAGCCCUCUGACCUUCGACCCCGCGCAGUAUAUACCGCAACUGAGGGAGCAUUGGGAGCGUGACGGAGGAGACGCGUCAUAUGCGCUCCUUACGCGCUGCUUUGUCCUCAUCAACGGCACGUCUAGCCGAAUCAAGAUAGUCGAUACGCUGGUCAACUGUCUACGCGUGCUCAUAGAAGGAGAUCCGGAGAGCUUACUCCCAGCGGUCUGGCUAGCUACGAACUCCAUUUCGCCCUCAUAUGAAUCGCUAGAGCUAGGGUUGGGCGCCUCAGCGAUCUCGAAGGCGUUGAAGAACGUUUGCGGGUUGGACGCGCGCUCGCUGAAAGCUAUCUACGACAAACACGGUGACGCCGGCGACGUCGCCUUCGAGGCCAAGAAGAAGCAGAGCUUUACCCUGCGCCGGCCCAAGCCACUAACGAUCAAGGGAGUCUACAAGUCCCUCGUCAAGGUGGCCGGCAGCCAGGGGCCGGGCAGCAGCGAGGCGAAGCAGCGCAUUGUCGACCGCCUCCUGCAGGAUGCCUGCGGCGGCGAGGAGAGCCGCUACGUGGUCCGCACUCUGUGCCAACACCUCCGCAUAGGUGCGGUUAAAACGACUAUGCUGAUAGCCCUGUCGCGCGCGUUUCUGCUCUCGCGACCCCCCGGGGCAGACUUCCCCCUGAAGUCCGUCGACGAGCUCCGGGCGCUCAAGAAGGAGGAGCUGGCGGCGGUAUGGGGCCGGGCGGAGGAGAUCGUCAAGGCGUGCUUUGCACGGCGGCCUAAUUACAACGACCUCGUGCCGGCGAUGCUCGAGAUAGGCGUAUGUGACGAGCUCCUGGUGCGGUGCGCCCUGCUGCUGCACGUGCCGCUGCGGCCGAUGCUCGGCAGUAUCACACGGGACCUUUCGGAGAUGCUGACGCGGCUGUGGGGGCGCGACUUCGCGUGCGAGUUCAAGUACGACGGGCAGCGGGCGCAGGUGCACUGCGAUGAGCGCGGUCGCGUCUCUCUCUUCUCGCGCCACCUCGAGCUCAUGACGGACAAGUACCCGGACCUCGUAGAGAUUGUGCCGCGGAUCCGCGGUGGCGGAGUCGACAGCUUCGUGAUGGAAGGCGAGGUCGUCGCCGUCGACCGCCGCACAGGUGAGCUGCGGAACUUCCAGACGCUGACCGGCCGCGCGCGCAAGGAUGUCUCCCUUGGAACCAUCACCGUCGACGUGUGUCUGUUUGCUUUCGACCUCAUGUACCUCAACGGGCAGCCAUUGCUAGACCGCCCGUUCCGCGAGCGCCGGUCGCUGCUGCGGUCGCUGUUUACCGAGGUCCCGCACCGGUUCACCUGGGUCCGCAGCCUCGACGCCACGUCACAGGACUCCGAGGCGGUGCUCGACUUCUUCAAGCAGGCCACCGAUAGCAAGUGCGAGGGAAUCAUGGUCAAGAUCCUUGAUAACUUGCCCGACAGCCUCGACACUCCUGUUGCUGGAACCGAAGUGGGAGAUGAUCCGGAACGGGGGGAUGGUUCAAGUAAGCCCUUAGCUCUACCGAAACCGAAAGGUAAGAAGAGCAAAGUGAAGGCGAAGGCGAAGGAACCAGCUACUGCUAUUACUACUACAACCGACACUACAUCAACUAGCGGCGGCGAGAAUAACAAGCUACCGUCCACACCCCCGCCACCAUCUUCGUCACGCCGUAAGGCCCUCUUAGCCACGUACGAGCCGGACAAGCGACUGGACUCGUGGCUGAAGGUGAAGAAGGACUACGACAGCAGCGCGUUCGAGACGCUGGACCUGGUUCCCGUAGCGGCGUGGCACGGACAGGGCCGCAAGGCGCGGUGGUGGUCGCCGAUCCUAAUGGCCGUGCGCGACGACGCCACCGGCGAGCUCCAGGUCGUGUGCAAGUGCAUCUCCGGCUUCACCGACGCCUUCUACAAGGCGAACCGCGAGUUCUACGACGACUCUCGCCUCCUCUCACCAUCUCCUGCCCCGCCUUCUGGCUCCGAAGAGGGCGAGGACGAGGGCGGCCCAGAGGGUAAUACCGAUGGGGCAGACCGCGACGGGAACCGCAUCAAUGUCCGCCGCGCGAAGCCCGGAUUCGUCGGCUACGCGGGCCCCGAGCCCGACGUCUGGUUCGAACCCCAGGAGGUCUGGGAGAUGGCGUUUGCCGAUGUGACCCUCUCGCCGAUCUACACAGCGGCGCUAGGCCUUGUGAGCCUCGACCGCGGCCUCAGCCUACGGUUCCCCCGCUUUCUGCGCAAGCGCGAGGACAAGAGCAUCGAGGAGGCUAGCACCAGCGAGUUCCUCGCCGCGCUGUACAGGAAGCAGGAGGCUAGGGCCCCGCCGCCGCCGCUGGCAGAUGGCAGUAGAGCGGUGGAGGAAGAGGCGGAUGAGCGGGACGAUGAAUAACUUGGGGUAAGCGGAGGCACUGGCUCCAUUAAGCAUGGGCUUAGCUUGUCCCUGGACAGGGUAGGCUAGCUAUCUAUUGUGAACAUAUCCACACACACGGCCCCCCGGCUACUCCUUCCAAGCCUUGUACACAAUACGGGCGCCAAAUUUCUCGCCCUUUUUCAGCAGCACCUGAUUCCUCCAGUCAUCGACGUUGAUGGCGUUAACGAAGCGGCUCGGCUCGACGCAGAAACCGCUCCGGGAUCCGCGGGCGGGGAGGCCAGCGAUGGCGGGUACAUCGAUCCAUUUGCCUGUGUAGAACUGGUAGGCCGGCUCGGUACUGAGGACCUCGAGGUGGACGCCGC